AUGUCCAGCAACAUUUGUUUGUGGUCCUUUUUCAACAUAAUAUCCUUAUCCAGCUUCGUGAAAGUAGCCGCAGCCCAAGUUGCCGAAGCCGCUCAUCUCCCCGAUGGACGUGUCGCAAUGUCGGAUCUGCGCAGAUGGAGAGUGAGCUAUUCAACUAUUCAUCUCGAAAUCCUCCUUGAGAGGUGCAUCAAGAAACCUCUCGGGGCAUCCGUCCGAGAUCCCGGCGAUCCCAUGAUCCGUCUGCUCUGUGCCACGGGCGGUGGGGGGGUGCAGUUGCAGGCUUUGUCGACGGGAGUGCAGUGGCCGGAAUCCGAGCAAACAGUGCGGUCCCUAGUGCACCUGGCCAUGCCGGACAGUCCGUGCCUAGGAGUUGCGAGCGCGCCAAUGUUCCUCCAUGAGCUCUCGUGUCUCUCUCCCAACGGAACGUGCUCCCCGCAGAAGGCAUGCGGCAGUCUUGUGUCCUUGUGCUGCGCUGUGACCGCCUCAGGGGGGGCGCUUUGUUGCCGUCGUGAAGUCCGUGACGUCGCCAAGGUUUUUGGAGAUGCCUGGCAGCGCGUCAAGUGUGCUCCGACCACAUGCACGAGCAUAGACAUGCUCGCGGUCUUGCAGGAGAUAGUUGUCGCUCUCGUCGGCAGCCAUUUCGAGACCGCUUCUGCGUUAGGGGCGUCGUUCGAGGUCACGAGCAGGGAAAAAUAA